AUGGAGAUGGUGGUAUGCUGUAUCCAGUGCAAGCUUGUGUUGAAUUUCCAAGUAUUUACACUUGUGUUGUCUGUGUUUACAGGGGAGAGUCGUUACACAGAUCGUUCAGGAGACACGUGGCAUACGGGAGGAGGCCCCCCACCAGCAAAACCAUUCAGCUCUAUGGGCAGUGGAGGAGUGCCUCCUAGAGACUCCUGGGGUCCAUCCAGUGACCGGAAGGGUGACAGCAGCCAAAACUGGGGAAGGCCCAUUGAUGCAGGGACCUCGGAGAGGUGGGUGACAAGCAGUGGAGGCCCAAUGGGAGUAGUGGGGCGUGGUGGUCCAAGCAUGGGCGGGCCAGGUUCAGUGUACAGCAGCCCGCAGAACGUGACAUCAAACAUGUCUGGCAUGAACAUGGGCAUGUCCAGCAGUGGUGGACCAUAUGGUGGUGAUCGCUUUGAUGCAUACAAGCAGUCGAUGGGACCCAUACGCAAGUACUAAGCAUUGUCUUAUGACAGGCCUGUGCAGUGCCAUGAUGACCAUGUGCGUUAAUAGUGAUAUUCAUGAAACCAUGUGAAAGUAGUGUUUGUCAUUAAUUCAUUUGUGAACAGAAGACAGUUCGUUAUGUCCGUGUGCCUGCAGCAUUUUAGGAAGUAAGUGAUGUGUAUGGGAGUUUAUCCAAAUAUGGAAAAUGAUACGUGUUCUGGGGCACGUGAUAAGCUACCCUUUCUUGCAAAACAAUAUAGACAUGAUUGUGUGCUAAAGGGACAGCAUUUUCAGGAAUAUUGUUAUAUGAAGCAGUGUAUAAGCGCCUGUUUGAAUAAUGGGGGUGCUGAAGUUGUUGGUUUCCAUUUAUUUCCAACAUUCAUUCCCAUGGGAUAUUUUUCUUUUCCAGAAUUAAUUCCCAUGGGAUAUCUUCUGUGUAAUUUUAGAAACUCUGAACUGAAUGUGUUGCACUGUUUCAAUGUAUGUGACUUAUUGUAAUAAAAUCUCACUUUAGAAUCAG